CAUAGUGAAGGAAAUAAUUCAAAAAGUUUAUGAACCCCGGCCGUUAGGCAUGACAUUCUGUCGCGCUGACCACUCAGCUACCAGGGGCGGACAACUCUAUGGUUUUCGAGCCAAAUAAAGCCGACAAAUGUCGCCGGAGAGCGCAAAAUCACGUUAACCAGAUCAUCCUGUUGCCGACGGCGCUGUAUCUCGUGACUCUGGAUAUCCCGUCUGCGUGCACGACAACAUUUGCUACCCCGCCCCUUGUUCUGACGGCUUAACGAGCAUGGCUAACGAGGCGAGUCAGUCAAUAGACUGAUAAAAAAAAAGAACCUGAACGACGAAGUUACCAUUUGGGGACAAAGAUGUAACAUAAUAUGGUCCUAACCGCGUGACUGUCUUGGCUCAAAUGGUUCAAAUGGCUAUGAGCACUAUGGGAAUCUGAGGUCACCAGUCCCCUAGACUUAGAACUAUUUAAACCUAACUAACUGCCCGAGGCAGGAUUCGAACCUGCGACGUAGCGGUCGCGCGGUUUCAGACUGUAGCGCCUAGAACCGCUCGGCCACUCCGGCCGGCCGACUGUCUUGGAGCGCACACCUGCAACAAUAUAAAUCCCGUUUAGGGGGCAGCGGAGUGUGCAAGUAAGACAACAGGUAAGCGAGUGUGGUGGUGCCGAGCUCGGAUGGGCUGGAGGCCUUCCUGCUGGCGCAGGCAAGUUGAGCGGACGGCACGGGCCCGUACGAGUGCUACCCAGCUGUUGCCCGCCGGGAGCCACGGGCCGCCCGGGUAACAGGACUCGCGCGCAAGCCUGCGUGGCGGGCCGUGACCACCCUUCCUGCCGCCUUCGCCUCCGCCGUCUCCGCCAGUUGGCUCCCGACUCCUUCGCGACAUGCAGCGUCUUCCCAGCAGCCUCUGGCCAUCGCUACUGACCGCUCUCCUCUCGGUACACCACGUGCACUGUCAGGACUACUAUGUGUCGGACAUCCACUGCACGUUCGGAGGCAGCAGCAGCAGCGACAGCGCGGCAGCCGCCCCCGGCGUCCGCGACUCCAUCUCGGCGCGGCUGCGAAAACCGGAAGGGUUCCGCGGGUCGCCGCUGUUCGCGGACGAGCGCCAGGCGGACCCCCUGACCGACCCCGUCUGCCAGAUCCGGCCCGAGCCCGCCGACCCCGAGCAGCUCUCCUAUCGCCUACUGGUCACCGACUUCUCGCGCUGCGGCGUCCUGCGCCGCAAUGGCUUCGUGCACGUGCGCAUCUGGUUCCCGCAGUUCCCCGGCGUGGUGAUGAUGUCGGACCAGGAACUCAUCAUCAUGUGCAAGCCGCCGGAGCCCACCAUCAUCGAGAACAAGGCGGCAGGGUUCGCCGGUAGCUUCGCCCACGGGGCCCGCGUGUCGGGCGUGGCGGAGGAGUCCCCCGGGCGGCUGGAGUACGAGGUGGCGCUGUACAAGGAGGCGCCGCCAGCGCGCGUCGGCAACCUGACCGGCGAGCUGCCCGUGGACCAGGCCGUGCCCAUCGGCACCAAGCUGCAGCUGCGCGCGCGCAUCAACCCAGACUCCGCGUGGAAGUUCGUCAAGCUGACGGAGGUCGCUGUCUCUCCCGACGCCGACGACCCGCAUGCGGCAGGCAGCGUCGCCCUCGUCAAGGACGGGUGCCGGAACAACGACUUUGUGACGAUCAUCCCGCACCAGCCGGCACGCUACCGCGACCGCAACAACGAGGUCUUCCUGGACUUCGAGGCGUUCCUGCUGAGCGGCAUGCAGGAGCGCGCCACCCUCUGGAUACACUCGCAGAUCAAAGCCUGCAUGGACGCCGCCGACUGCCAGCCCGAGUACUGCCUGGACGUGCUGGAGCCGGCGGGCCAUGGCCGCAGGAGGCGAGACGAGGCCGGCGCCGGAGGCGGGGGCGGCGGCGGGGGCGGCGCCGGAAGUGGCGGCAACAGCAGUGAGCAGGCGGGGGAAGCCCCGGCUGGCCCGGCGCAGGCCCACCACGCGGCGUCCUCCGCCAGAUUCCGCGAGAACAUCGAGUUCUCCGUGCUCAUGCCGAGAGACUUGUAUCGACGGCCAGGUCAAGGAGCAGCACUCACAGGUGAUGGACCAUGUUCUACAAUGGCACUGAUAACUGGUCUGCUUGGCACGCUAUUGUUCCUGGCAACACUAGCCGUUUGCUACCUGGCAACAAGACUUAGAGACGCUGCUUCCGUCGACCGAGCCCUUCGUCAUGCUAAAACUGGUGGUUACACAGGCCGCAGCCUUGUCCAGUGAUGGUGCAAAACUGAACACUCAAAAGAUUAAUUGAAUUUUGGGACAUCUCAUGGCAAUAAAGUUUCAUAAUGGGUUCUAAGCAAAGGUAACAUGGAUGAAUUCAUGUUAAGCUUGAGAUGCUUUGGGAAAGGUUGAGGGAGGUGCUGGAGACAAAACAGAUGGCCACAAAGGCCAAAGACUAUUGUGAUUAAAUAUACAGAAAAGUUCAAUUGCUGAACUUUUCAGUUCUCAUUACAGUAACAAGUUUAUCUUAUACAUGAAACUACUAGUAAGUUCCUUGUUCAAUUUUCAAAUCAUUUUCAUUAUCCAAUCUGAUGAAAAUGAAAUUAUGAAUGACACGGGUAGUGUUGCAUUGUUCACAAGAGUGAGAGUACUGCAACUAUAUGUACAAACACCCACCACAGAACAGAGGUCAAGGGCUGUUUUAGUGUGCAGUUAAGACUUGAGUAAUAGCCUUAAUUCUACAGACAGCAAAUUCUGUAAUUUCCAAAGAAACUAGAAGAUUUUUUCCCCCUUUAACUCUGCUUGUAUUUAGACUUUUUCUUAAGGUCAAGAAAGGAAAAAUCCAAACUUUAUGAAUGUAACAAAAAGGAUGAGAAAACAGUUUAGUUCAACUCAACAAAAUUAUAAAACAAAUAGGUUCUAUAUUUUAAAAUCACAAAAUGUUAUUUACAUGUUCUAUAAUAUUAUGUUAUAAGCUUUUAUAAUACAUAAAUAUAAUUUAUUGAUGGUUAUCAAAUUAGCAACAGUUUCAACGCAGGUACCAAGAUUUAAAUUUCAGUGACUUUUAAAAUAAUCAACAAUGACUAGUUUAACAUACUGGAAAAUUUUUCCUUACAAGGUUCACAAUUGGAUAUAUAAAUAUUUGCGUUGCAGUAUAUACCGGAAUUUAGGCAAGUGGUGACCUACUGAAAUUUUGAUCAGAUUUGAUGGUAAAGUCUACAAAAAGGUUGCACACACACUUUGACUUGUAUAAAAUAUACAAAUGUGCAAUACCACAAGCAUUAAAAUCUGGUAACAGGUAAACUGCAGUGCAAUUAUGUACAAUUUAACAUUUUAACAAACAACAACAGUACUUCAACAGAUGAAAGGUUUAAAAUUUAAUUUAUAAAU